UAAAGAGAAAAAAAGAUUUGUACAGAAAGAAAAAUAGUAUAUUUAUUGAAUUCAUAUACUGAUCAGCAGGCCAAGGCAAGGUUUUAUCCCAAAUUUUGAUUUUGCACGAAAAUAAAGAUUUUUGUAUUGUUAAAAUAUAUUAACUGUAGCUGAAAGCAAGUCAUCUGUAGAGUUCAGUGAUGCAGAUUUAAAGCAUCAAACAUGUUAAAUUAUUUUUUUUUAACAGUAAAGUUGCAUUUUAACUGCAGCAUGUUAUAAACAAUUUCACAAAAUUAGCAUAUAGUUCCCUACUUGUUCAGUUUGUAUUGACUGAAAAAAAAAUGAUUAUAAUUUUAACUGUAAAAGACUAUAAAAAUGCUAUGUUAAUUGGUUAACAUUAAGUUCCCUUACAAUAAAUGGGAAAAAUGUAAUAGAUCUAACCUGCAUUACAUUCAUGUAAUUUUAUAGUACAAUAUUGUUAAAUGUACAAUUUUUGGAAGUAAGAAAGAACAAAUCAUCUUAUAAUUUACAGUGAAUAGCCAUAAACUGGCAUUCCCUGUGUGACACUUCACAUUUGUUGUUUUUUAAUUUUAAUAAUUAUGUUUCUUCUUAGUUUUUUUGUUAUCAGUUAUGUACAUCAGGGUUUUAUGUUGUAUCUUAUGUUGUUUAAUUUUUAUUGCAUUGAUUUGGUGUCACAUGUACAUGACACUGCGUUCACCUUAUAUAUAUUGACCUCAUCUUGUAGAAAAGCUACUUUGAUUUGUCAUUUGACUUUCUCUUCACCGCUAGUGUUAUUAUGGUGGAUGUCAGUAGCGUGGCCUUGCUAAUUCAGCAGAAAAGAGCUGUUGGAUUAACUGGUUUAAAAUGUGUGUGAUUUUUUUUUCUUUUCUUUUUUGUAUAUUAAUUCUAUAACUAUGUUUACAUUUUUACUGCAUUUUUACAGAACGAUGGCAACCACAGCUUUGUAAUAAUGACAGGACUGCAGUGUUAUUUUCUGUUAAACAACUGUCCGUUCAAUGAGCAACUGAACUGCAUGACUUUGUGUAACAUUUUAGUCUAAAGAUGAAGAGGAGAGACAAAGUAAAUCAAUAACAACAUUGUUGUGUUAAUAUGAUAACACAAACAAAACAGAGUACAAUGCACAAACAAUAGCAGACAAUGAACUGAGGAAACUGAAGGGCUUAAAUACACAUGGUGAUGAACACAAAUACAGAUAGGUGUGCUAAUUAAGAGAAUAUCCAUGGCAACUAAGAACUGGCAGGAAAAAAGAACACAGGAAACGGGUUAUAAGUGAAACAAAAAGUCCAUGAAAACGAAAGUAAAACAGACAGAAUGUGACAGUCUGCUGCUUUUAUGCAUAAAAGAAUAAACAUGUACCCAAAAGUGACCACUGAGAGAAUAAUGUAUUAAUUUUGAUAUUAUAAUCUAAUCUUUUUUAAAGUCUAUUAAUGGUUCAGUUAUUUUUGGCACAUUUAAAUGUUACUUUUACAAAACUACCUUUCGUCUUUCUGAGUCUGUGAGUACAAAAAAUGUUACCUGUGGCCCACAUCUGCUGUCCAUGUGGUCUCAUGAUAUAUGUUCAUCUUGACUGACUGCUCAAAGUAUUAAAUGUUUCCUGUGGUCUAAUGUGUUACUUCCUAAUUCACCCAUUGUGUGAGUGUUCUCUCUUUUCUCUCUCGCUGUAAUGGAGUUGUACAUCUUCAUUUCUUUUCAGCUUCUUAUGGAGGUUCAGUCUUACAAAUGUCCUGCCUUAACAGUAUCUCCAGAUGUCAUAAGUGAGUCCAACUCAGUGAAGAUGAUCUGUGAGCACCCAGCAGGUGUUACAGUGGAUCUGUGUUAUUUCUACAUAAACAGAGAUGAGAAGAAUAUCAAAUCUAAUUGGUCAUGUGAGCUCAGUCUCACUGGUGCUGAAGUGCUCAAAUGGGCAGCUGUAAAAUCAUCUGUAUCAAUCAACAUUAACUGCUACUACAAAACAACCGAGCACGGGAUUAAUAAACCAUCAUCUCAUUCUCCUGCUGUCACAGUGAAGGUUAAAGCAGUUUCUACAACAGCUGAUCCUAAAGAUUAUCAACAUACACCACUACACAGAGAAACAUGGUUUAUAGUUCUGGUUUCCACUGGUGUUGGUGUCAUUUUGACUGGAUUCAUCUGUCUGUGUCGGUUUGCAAGUAAAAAAAGAAGAAAACACAAUAAAAUGAGAUCAAUAACAUCAGAUGUGCCCAGUCAAGGAACUGGUAUGAGUUCUGGACCUGCAGAGACAUAUUCUCUGAUCACUUCUGUACCAGCCACAUCUCAGCCCAUAUCUGCCUUGAACACCCAGAUUCCCACCAGGACAACACACCAGAUCCCACAGCGACUUCCUCUUUCAUUAUGGCUGAAAAUUCAAUUUACCAGCCCUCAGAAGAUUUGGUCAAUACUCAACAGAAAGAGGGAAAUACAGCGGAAAAUGAGAAUGUUUACCACCUGUACUGCUCAAUCCCUGACAAACCAGUUCACUCAAACGCAGCAGAUCAAGUCUACAGUUUGGUGAAGAUGCAAUGAUGAGCCUCAAGUCUUGUUUCAUUAUGUACAUUCAUUAUAAAUAAAAUAUCCUUACUUGCUGACAAAUAGGUUUUAUAUAUUCAUCAUUUAGUGUUUGGUGUGUAGUGCAUUGUGACCUCUGUGACCACACAGAAGGGUUUCUCUAGAUUUUCUCUAGCUCAAUACUGCCUUGUAAGAAGUGCUUGGGAUUCAGUAAGCUGAACUAAAAAAUUUAUUGAUGAAUGAAAAAAUGUUUUUGCACAAACAUAAUUUCAAUAUAUUUCUAAAGAAAAUUAAUGUCUGCUAAGUGUUUUAUAAUGGAUGCUGGCUGAAGAAGCGUGUUUUCGAGAAGUUUCCAAGGGUCAUUGGUGUUUCCCACCAAAAGCUCAAGGAAAAGUUGAAUUCUCAGUUGACCCCUUUAAGCUGCACCCUUGCUGUUGUUUUAUGUGUUUGCUAUACCUGUCUGCCUGUUUUUGGAGUUAUAAUUAAACUUGAGUUUUUUGGAA